UCUCAAGUCUCUUCAAAAUCUUAUCGCACGUCUCUUCAUAUUUUCUUUCCCUACAAAAACAAUUUCCUUAAUUGUUGAAGCAAAACUUGAUCUGCAUUAAAACCCUAAUCACCAUAUAUCAUUAACUUCUUCAGCUCUCCGUUUCCUAUUUCUCUCUCUUUUUAAGUUUUAAGCAUAAUAAUUUGCUCAGUGUUGUGUUCACAAGCCGAGUCGCUCUAAACGGCGAUGAAGAAGAACACCAUUGUGAUUGACGAUGUUCAUGUAUCAAACUCAGUAAUGGAUGAUGAUGGAUGUAGAAGGUUUAUGAUGAAUGCAAUCAACGAGCACACUUGUGGAAUGUCUGAAAGAAUCGAUGUUCCAAUCAUCUGUCUUGACGAAGAUGAUAAUGAUGAUGUUAUGGUUGAUACGGACUACGGUGUAAUCUUGGAUCAUAUUAGAAGAGGUGACAACAGUUUCAUCUCUCGCUUUGAAGUUGACAAUGGAGGAUCUGACACUCGUAAAUUCAAGAUCUCUACUUGUGGUUCAAAGCUUGCGAAUGGGAAUUUAAUGAAGAACAGAGUUUAUCAACAGGGAAGGAGGAGGAAGGGUGCUGUUGGGUUUAAGGCUGGAAGAGUUAAUGUCGUCCGAGAAAACAUUCAACGAGACAACAGACUUGCUGAACGGAGAAAACGGAGGAUCGCAGAGUUGGAAGCUGCAAACACUUCAGAAUCUGUUCCGUUAGUUAAAACCGAAGAGGACAUUCAACAAAGAGACAACAAAGUUAGGAAAACUUCGGAGUUAAAGGCUGAUGCUUUAAGUCCUGAUCCGUUAGUUAGAACUCAAGAAGACACUAGUCAAAGACACAACACAGUAUCUGAAGGGAGAAAGAGGAAAGCUGACGAGUUAAAAAGCAGAGCUGUUCCGUUGGUUAGAAGUGAAGAAGCCAUUCAACUAGACAACAGAGUUCCUGAACGGAGAAUGGGGAAAUUUUCUGAAACUAAGGCUGCAGAGACUUCAAGGGUUGUUGAUGAUCAUGUGGAACGAGUAAAAAGAGUUACAGAGCUUAAGGAUGUAGAUGAGACUUCAAGGAGCAAAGGAGAUUUUGUAGGGAGAAGGAAGAAGAAGGGUGCUACGGUUGUGGAUAAGGAUUACAUGAGCUACCUCACAUGGCUUGUAGAUGCACUUAGAGAUACGAUAACUAAGCCAAUGGCGAAUCUUCAGAAGGAUCCGUCUGAUUUGGAUACUCUUAACGAAUCUACAAUGGUCCCUGAAACGGAUCCACCACUAGUAAAAGUGAAGAUUGAGCAAGAUCUCGAGUCUUGGUCUGAUGAUUCUGAUAUAAUUGUGAUUGAUGAUAACCCGUUUUUGGAUGGAGAUGGCACUCCAUUUGUGGCGUCCAAGAAAGUGGUUGAUCUUGAUGAAGUAAGUAAAGAGGAUGACAGUGGUAGUUGUUGGUUUAGAAAGGAGCUAAUGGAUGUUCUUGAAAAACCAUAUGAUGGAAGAGAGUUGAAGCAGCUCCAUCGUGACGCAUCAAUCCAUAGGAAAAUGAUCCGAUGCAGAGAACUACGAAAGGGACGAGAAACGGAUUAUGAGACUGACGAAUUGGGACAAUCUUAUCUAGAAAGUUUCCCUGAUUUCGAGAAAGAAUACAAACUUGUGGAUGGUGUUGAUAAGGAAAGAGCGUUGAAGUUGCUACGUGGGUUUUUCUUUUACUUGAAAUAUGUUUCACAUGAUGGUGUUUUCAAGCCUUGGGAGAAGAAUCAAUGGUGGCAACCGUAGGAGAUGAUGGUAAAGCUUUUCUUAUGAUUAGCAGCUUGAUGUAGAGUAACUUUUGGUUCUCGCUGUUGUUGAAUGACUAUCUGAUUCAGAGUAGUUUCUUGUCACCAAAUAAUCUAAUUUUCUUGAACAGGCUUUUCCUGAAAUAUGUACUAACCC